UUGAAAGUUCAAAUCCCAAAUAAACAGUAAAACGUAAAAGAAUCGGAGAAAUAUUUUGAAUGAUAAUUAUUAAUUAAAUUAAAUUCUUGUGAUAAAAAAAUAUAAUAUGAAAAACUUUCGUGUAACAUUUCUCUAAUUUGUAUUAACGUCAAGACAGGGAAGACCUGUCCCGCUUUAAUGUUCAAGUCCAAAUACUACAAACAACACAGGUGGGCUACAUAAAUAAAUAACAGUUAUCUAAUAAUUAUGUCUCUCACAAUCCAACAAAUAAUUACGGAUGCAAAACGCCUUGCCAACCGUUUGAAAGACAGAGAUGUGGUGGCUGAUGUAUUGUUGAAUGAAACACAUGCUAUCAACAAGAAAAUUGAUGCGAUGAAACAGUUUCAGGAAGAAGUUGAGCAACUUAAUGAAGUUGCUAACCAAAAACCACAUUCCCAAUUAAUCGCGAACAUCCAAAAAGAAAACCGCCACCUGCGGGAAAUUCAGCAGGAGAACCGUGAGCUGAGGACUGCUCUCGAAGAUUACCAUAAUACUCUAGAGCACAUCAUGUCCAAAUAUAGGGAACACACAGCGGAGCAGGUGUAUAAAUCCCGAAUCAACUUCAGGGAAUUUCAAGAGAAAAAGUAUAAUAAAAUUAUCCAACAACAAGCCGAAAAAAUCCAAGAAAUGGCUUUCGUCAUGGAUAAAGCUGCCCUGAUUGAUGAAGACAGGGAUUUCAGGGAGAAAGAGGUUGUUUCCAUGUUGAAAGUUGAGAACCAGGGAUUGAGAAAAAUGUUAGAUAUUGCCCAGAGGUGCGGAAAUCUCAAACAGGAAGACAAAAAUAUACAGACUGAUAUUGAAAGUACCACAUGAAGGGCAGGGACCAAUAUUUCCUUGUGUUUUUCAUUCUGUACCUAUAAUACUUUUAAGUGUGAAUGUUAUAUAUCUGUUUUUUACAUAAUUUAUUGUUUUUUAAUACUAUUGCACUGUUGAUUCAUUUUGUGAUUAUGUAACCCGAUAUAUUUGUAUUUUUCAUCCAUUAUGAUAAUAGUAAUGGUACUCAUUUGUUUCAGUUAGUAUAAAAAUAAAUCACCAAUUAAUUUUGA